AUGGCCUCCCGGCCCAAGUUUGAACACCGCUCUCCCUCCCACGACGUCCUGCGCAGCGGGGCUCCGUCCCCACGCAUUGAGCAUUAUGAUGGUGAAAUUCCUCCUGCGCUCUCCCCGCUCGAUGCCUUCGCCGCCCAAGGUCGGCUCCUGGCUCGUCAACUGGAGGAAUCGGCACGAAGGAACCGGCGCAUGAGCAGGCUACCUCCAUCUAGCGUCGCUCGUUCCCUCUCGCAACCUCGCCCUGGAUAUUUUCGAUCCCCGUCGUCGAGCGAUUCUUCUACUGGCGCAAGAGGUCACGGCGGACGCAAUGAACUGUCAAGACAACCUACGCAGAAAUUAAGCCCCGAGGUGGAGGAACCCAAAUUUCGCCCGCAGUCUGAACAUCCUCGUCUGAGUGCGGUGUCGCACCUUACCAGCGAAGUGGGAGAUUACUCCGAGGACGAAGACACGACCCCCAAAAAAGAGCCGAGCGUGAACGCCCUUGACCUGCCACGCGCCGAAUCACCCGAGGAUGCCAUGUCCUCACACAGCGCACCCGAAGCUCCGCCGGAAGGCCCUCCUCGGUUUUAUGCUGUCUCCCCCACUGGCCUUACCCCGGGUGGCCCGCCUCCUUCUCUGGGGGUCUCGAUGGUGGCACCCUCUCGGACCUCUUCGACUGAUUCUGUUUCUCGCUUGAACAUUCCCCCACGAGGCCUAGCACCUCCGGGAUCGCCACUGUCUAGGCCUUCAAGUAGUUCUCGAGGAGUACAGCCUGAGAGCUCCGACGACGACUACAGCAGCUCGAAUGCCGGUUCGACGUUCUCAAAGCCCCGGAAGAUGUCCGCCAGCAGUGCCGUAUCACUGCCAUACUCUUCGAUGUCCUCUUCCGUAACACGCUCGCAUCCCCGGUCGCCAUCUAUGAGCUCCGAGACUUCAAACGCGGGUAAUUACCUUCAACGGCCCUAUAACUUCUCGCGCCCCCUGAGCCGAUCCAGCACGAGUCUCUCUGCCCCCGGUCCCAGGGCCUCGCCGGAACCGCCCGUUGCCAAUUCGCAAGGCGCGCUCAACCGUGGACACAAGCCUAGUCCCAUCGUGGUACCAUCGCCAUCAGACUUGCCCAUCAAUCCCAAUGAAGACCCGUCUUCUGCUGUUUCUUGCUACACCUAUGCCAAGUACGCACUGCCUCGAGGACGUGCAGUAUCGAGAGAUUCGGUGGUCUUCUCCGGCCUCCAAACCCCUCAUUUUGAGUGGCAGGAGCCGCUGUUUGAGAGCCCAACUCGGCACAGCACGGCGGGACCCCCGCAACCCGCAAGGACCCCGUCGCCUUCCCCCUCCCUCCAGGGUUCGUUCCACUCGAAGACGCGCUCGAUGUAUGAGUCUCCCGCUUCCGCUCGUCACUUGUUGACUCCGGAGCCCCCUCUGCCUCAACAAACUCCGCCAUCUCCGGAAGUCAGACCAUCUCCAGCGACACCUGUCGAGCCUGAGCCUGAGCCUUCUGUUGCGGAGCCCGCACCUACCGAGCCUGAGCCUACCGAGCCUGUGCCUACCGAGGUCGCUCCCGCCGAAGAUACUCCUACGGAACAACGGGAAGCAGAGGCUCCGAAGGUAGACCACACCGAUGCCACUUCCUCUGCAGGUUCUGAAUCCACCGUUCGUCCGCAAACCGCGCGAACAAACACGACAACAUCGGCUGUAAUUACUGCAGAUGAGCAUGUGACCAAGGGCAUCGAAUGCCAUGAGAAAGGAUCUUUGAAUGAAUCGACAUAUCACCUGCGCAUUGCAGCCAAGCAAAACCAUCCGACCGGAAUGUUACUUUAUGCGCUGGCUUGUCGACAUGGCUGGGGUAUGCGACCGAAUCAGCGGGAGGGUGUGCAGUGGUUGCGCAAGGCCGUGGAUUCCGUUGGUAUCGAAUUGAUGGACGAUUCAAACCCGACCAUUCCCGCUCGCGCCAAGGAGCUACAGAAGGCUUAUCGAGCGCAGUUUGCCUUGAGUAUCUACGAGCUUGGAGUAAGCCAUCUGAAUGGAUGGGGUAUCGAACAGGACAAGUCCCUGGCCUUGCGUUGCUUCGAGAUCGCGGGCCAAUGGGGCGACGGCGAUGCCCUAGCGGAGGCCGGCUUCUGCUACGCCGAAGGUAUUGGAUGCAAAAAGGACCUGAAGAAAGCGGCGAAAUUCUACCGGCAGGCGGAAGCGAAGGGCAUCAGCAUGGUUGGGAAUAGUUGGAUCUACAAGGACAAGUACAUGGACGAAGAGUCCAGCUCGAACUCGCGUGGUCGGGCCCAACCUGGCAGCACUCCCGAGAAGAAACAGCGCAGCAAAUCCCGAACCCGCAGUCUUUUCCAUCGAAAGAAGUCGGUUGCGACAGAAGCAUGA